CAGACGCAAGCGAAAGGAGAGGAGGCGGUUAAUUAAAUAUUGAGCAGAAAGUCGCGUGGGGAGCGUGUCACGUGGGUCCCGAGACUCGGCGAGCCUGAGAUAAAUACCGCGCGGCAGCCAGCCGGCGAAAGAGCGCGCUGCUGACCUCCUCCAUCGUUGCUGCAACCGAGAGUGCGCAGCGCCCCGCGAGUGCUCAGACCGGCAGAGGAACCCCCCGGGCGGGUCAGCCGCGAAAUCCAACAUGAAAAUCCUUGUGGCCUUGGCAGUGAUUUUUCUCGUCUCCACUCAACUAUCUGCAGAAGAAAUCGGAGCCAACGAUGAUCUCAAUUAUUGGUCCGACUGGUCCGACAGCGACCAGAUCAAGGAGGAAAUGCCCGAACCUUUUGAGCACCUUCUGCAGAGAAUCGCCCGGAGACCCAAGCCUCAACAGUUCUUCGGAUUGAUGGGCAAACGGGAUGCUGGACAUGGCCAGCUUUCUCACAAAAGGCAUAAAACAGAUUCCUUUGUUGGACUAAUGGGCAAAAGAGCUUUAAAUUCUGUGGCUUAUGAAAGGAGUGUGAUGCAGGAUUAUGAAAGAAGACGUAAAUAGACUACCUAACAUAUUUAUUGAGCUUCAUUUGUGUCAGUGGUCAAGGAAAGGUAAAAUGAGACAUGCACUAUGAGGAAUAAUUAUUUAUUUAAUAAUUGUUGUUUGAGUUUAAAACUCAAAAAGUAUUUAUUUUUCAUAUUGUGGCAAUAUAUGUUGUAAAAAAAUAUGUUGUAAUUCUAAUAUGACAACUCAGUCAGAAGCAGAAAUCAGUGGUAAUUUCUCACAAAAGCACAGUGUUCAAUGAAGUUGUAAAAACCUAUCAAAGAUAUAGUCUCCAAAGAAAGGAAUCAUUUCUGUUUCUUGGAAGCAGUCACAUCAGCUACUACUAAGGAAAUGAAAUUCACAUAUAGGCUGUGCUUCUCCAUUUGUUUUCAUGGUGAAAAUGUGCUGAGAGUUGGUAUCAAACUGUGUUUGUAUCCCUGCAGCAUGUUUCAUGUUUUGUGACUACAUAGAGAUGUUUAAAAAGUUUUACUGUGAUUCUAAGAUCUUUAUUUUAUUGUACAAUGUGUCGUGAUGGUUAACAUUUUAAAUAAAAGAAAAAGUAUCUUAAAUUGGGUCUUAUUCUUUCAUUAAUCUUUAUGUCUAGUUGGCAGCCUUUCUUUUAGUGGGUGAGAUAUGUUCCAACCUGUUUUGGCUUUAAAAUAAUGAAACAUAAAGCUACUAAAUUUCUCUUUCUUGAGGAAAAUGACUAAAUGUAAUCACAGUUUCUCUUUCCCACACAUAUGCACUUGUUAUUAUUCAGUCAUUGGCAUAGGAUCAUUCAUGGAGAAAACAAUUACAUUCUGGUACCCAAAGAGUAAAGGCUCAGUUCUGUUUACAUGUGCUUAUGAUUCCCUUUUACAAGUAGAGCGACAAUCUACUUUAAAGAU